AUGAUGAUUCUCACAACCCUUUUGGUUAUUUUUGUGACACUAAUGAUUAAAGUUUUUUAUGAUGCAAUUUCAUAUUAUUGUCUUAUUCCAAUGAGAAUUAAGAAGAUUAUGGAGAAGCAAGGUGUGUUUUGUCCUAAACCUAGGUUUCUUUCAGGCAACCUUAAAGACAUCUCAUCUUUUGUUUCUGAAGCAACUUCUCAAGACAUGAAAUCAAUCAACCAUGAUGUUGUUGGUCGUCUUUUGCCUCAUUAUGUUGCUUGGUCCAAGCAAUAUGGAAAAAGAUUCUUCUAUUGGAAUGGAAUAGAACCAAGAUUGUGUCUAAUAGAAACUGAAUUGAUCAAGGAAUUUCUUUCGAAAUAUAGUACAAUAUCUGGGAAAUCAUGGCAGCAACAACAAGGAUCUAAGAAUUUUAUUGAAAAAGGUUUGUUGAUGGCAAAUGGUGACGAUUGGUAUCACCAACGUCACUUAGUUUCACCAGCAUUCAUGAGAGAAAAACUCAAGAGUUAUGGUGUACACAUAAUGGAAUGCACUAAAGAGAUGCUUGAGUCACUUCAAAAUGAAACAUUAGAGUGUGACAAAAAAGAGAUUGAAAUUGGAGAAUAUUUUACAAAACUCACUGCAGAUAUCAUUUCAAGAACUGAGUUUGGUACAAAUUAUAAAGAGGGUAAACAAAUAUUUCACCUUCUCACACAAUUACAAGCUCUUUGUGCUCAAGCGACUAGAAAUCUUUGGUUUACUGGAAGCAGGUUUGUAAUUUCUAAUAAGUUUAUAGGCAUUGUCUUUAUCUUCAUUUUCGGAUGUUAA